AUCGACUCGCGGCGGAGGAGGCCGAACGAAACGAAACGAACGUGAGCAGAGCAGCGAGACACGUCGUGCCAGAGCAAUGGAGCCUGCCGCAAUCACAUCAGCAGCGCCGCCGGCCUUGGCGGCCACGCGGCUCCUCGUCAUCCCGCCUCCCCGCGGCGGCUUCGCGUCCAUCUCCCUCCCCACCUCCAUCGGUGGAGGCGGGGACAGGGGCGGAGGUCGCUCCGCUGGAGGAGGCGGCGGCGGCGGCGGCGGCGGAGGAGACUCUGGUGCCGGCGCUGCAGCGGCGAUGGCGCUCGUCGAGGCCGGGACGAUUGACGGCGACGUCAUCGUGCUCCACGUCGGGGGUAUGUCGUGCGGCGGAUGCGCCGCCAAAGUGAAGCGGAUUCUCGAGAGCCAGCCUGAGGUUGCUUCUGCCACGAUCGACUUGGCCAAGGCGACCGCGGUGGUGCGGACGACACCAGAAGCCAUGAUGACCAAGGACUGGCACAAGGAACUUGGGGAGAAGCUUGCAAAUCACCUAAGAAAUUGUGGAUUUCAGUCUCAUAUGCUUGAUGAAACCGAACAAAGCUGAUUCAGCACCGGCGCCUGAGUACCCUUGAAGUUUUUGCACAAUCGGAUGCUCUUGUUGAACGCAGUAACUAUCUUGCACAAGUUGUACAUGUGGUUGUGGCAAUAUGAGAAAUGUUUUGCGUUGA